CCUCAUUCAUUAACAAAAGCCAUCAACGAAUCAAGUGCAUAACAUCAAUCUCGGAUCGGUCCUUUAUUUUUAAGAAUUAAUAGUUUAAUUUGGUUUCGAUUAGGGUUCUUUCAAUGUGCAUUUGCUAGUGAAAAUGAAGCAGAAUCUAUUGGUGGUUUUGCUUUUUGCGUGCCUAUCAGUCGCAACGGCUCGGCAGGGCAGGCUCUGUGAUAUACCGAAAGUGCUCCAGGGAACGUGGUUCAGCUGGGAAACGGGUGAGCCCACAACAACCACCGUUGACGAAACGUCCUAUGAACGGGUCAAUCCAAAGCAGGGACGCAUUCGGGGAGAAUGCAUAGCCAGCAGCCGGAACGGAUCCGACCAUACCCUGAUCUUCAAGGGUGUGGGCGAUUGCUACACCUGCGUUAAUGCGUUCCCGCGGACGCUGAACGUGUUCGAGAAAUUUGAAACUCCCUGUGUGACGUUGGAAAGAAACGCACAACCCACAAUCGAGAGGAUUUGCCGUGGUCUAAGAAGAGAUCAACAGUUAAUUACUUUGUUCAACAAAAACUUCGUUCCCAUAAGUUGUAGAUCGUCUCUGGAAGGUGUUUGGAACUUUGCCUAUCAGAAUCGUUUCCGCUUCACGGGUGAGUGUGACAAUCCCGAUGCUCGGAUCCAGUCCUGCCAGACGCCCGGUACUCAGUUUUUGAUUCAGAACCAAAAGUUCAACAUCACCUACAAACAGUGUCAGGGAAUGGAUGGAACUUUCAACGGAGUCGUGGAGUUCAGUUGCCUCGGAGACUGGUUUAUCGGCAAAAACCACUAUUUUGCCGUAGUCAAUACAAAGGAAUCGCGAGAGGACGAAAAGUAUCGAUGCUUCCUUAAGAAUCGUGACGACGAUCUCUACUUCGGUGCUUCCAUUACGGCCGAAUGUAAUACUCUGAAAACGGUGGAAAAGUCUCCUGAGCGAUAUCGGGUGACGCCGGUCAAAUCGGAAGUUGUAGAACCGGGAUGCCGUUUCCCGCAGAAUUUCACCGGAGAAUGGGUCAAUACAGCUAAUGUAGACGCAGAAGUAACAAUCAACGAAACGCAUAUCAUUGAAACGUACUACCCGGAUAGGGCUCGAUACCGAAGGACCAUCUACGUUUGUCGGGAACAGCGUGAUAGUCGUAUUAUGAUGGCUCGAUUAACGGUGGACGGUUGCCAGAAAGAUUUCAUCUGUUUCGAUUUCGUGCCGCGGCAUCAUAACGUGAUCCGAUACAGGAAGGGUCUGGCUGUUAUCAAGGAUGACUUCAGCACGGUAUGUUCUUGGGUGCAAUUCCCCAACAAGGAGGAAUGGCGUUAUGAUCUGUUUUUGGCCGCCAAGCCUGUUCCGGUUCGUUGUCCUGUAGCGGGUAAGUUUAACUUUACACAAAAGGGAGAAUCACCCUUCAAGACACGAAUUCUUGGUGGUGUUACGUUGAGUCCUCGUCCCGAUAUUCGCUGUAAGCAAAACAUUUCCGACUUUUCCGUCUGUGAUACCGAUCAGAAAGAGAUGGCCAUCGAUGCCAACUAUUGCUUGUCCGUCGAUUAUCUCGGUAGACCGGUUGAUAUCUACAGCGAUCCAGAUUAUCGCAUGAAAUGUAUUGGUUUUUGGCAAGAAAAUCUUAAGUCGUAUCUAAUUACCUACGAUGAUCUGGAUCCGCUGUCCAAGUACCGUUGCUGGGUCUAUCAGAGAGCAGAUUUGAAUCGCGUUCUCAUGUCCCAAGCGGUGGGAGCUUUUUGUAAUGUUAAACAGGAUGUAACUUCCUGGAAUUAUACCGAAGGUGCCGUCGUUGCAGUAGACAUGACCGAGUAUGAAAGAGAGCGGGAUCAAUGUCCGAUGCACUUCGAUGACGGCGAAAACCCUUGGCAGGAAACGGAGAACUACAUCAAAGUAUUUCCCUGGUUGAUUUAUCGAAACGCUACCGGAGGUAUCACGGGUAGUUUAAAUGCAUUUCUAGUAUCGUUGGCAGCACUUUUACUGAAAUUGUUGUUCUAGUGCGAAAAAGGGCAGACGCAAACUUCAGCACAAAGCAUCUUUUCUUUUUCAAAAUGUUGCUUGAUUUUUUUCGAUUUGAUUUUAUGGAAUCAAUUGUUUUCUGCAUUUUAUUUUUGAUAUUUUAUAAUGCAUAAAAAUCACGGUGUAAAAUUUAAUUUUCAUACUUUUUUUGGUUAAAAAACAAAAAGUUACAAAUAAGUUUAUUACAGUGUUUCAAAUGUUAGUAGAACUUGCACAAUGAAUUCUGUAAACGAAGUUACUUGUGCAAUGCAGCGUUACUAUGUAAAAAUAGGAUUGAAGAAGAAGAAUUUUAAAUGACGUUUUACAAAAAAAUCUCAACUCGUACCGUAGAAAUCUCAAUGCGCCUUAAUAAAUACGUCAACGUCCGUCCAAUGUAGUCGUAAGUUUUAGAUAAACAAAAAAGUUUGACAUAUCCGUUCGUGCCUUACCGUCCAAUAGAAAUAGUCUGAUUUUAUUCUGGAAAACGAUGAAAAAAACUAAGCUUAAACGCGAUGUUCUGUAACGAUUUUUGUUAGUAAACCAAGCCAUUCACAUUCCCUAAUACGUGUAAAGAUAAACUUAGUAAAACCCAUCAUGAGAUAAAGGAUGGUAAUGAAUGGGAAAAUUUCAAUAAAAAAAAUUGAAUGUCUA